GUCUCUCUCAUGGCUUCCUCCUUUCCUCACUUCUCCGGCAUAGGCGAGGAUGGCCACGCCGCGGCCGUCGACGCCAUCAUCGCCGAGGCUUCCGAUCUCUGCGCCCUCGAGCAGAUCGCCGCUCUCAACACCGCCCACCUCUCCGACUCCAACCUCCUCCCCUCCCAUCUCGAAUCGCGCUUCCGCAAGCUCAAGUCCCUCCCUAAUUCUCUCCCCGAUCCUUCCACCGCCCUUACACCUCGUUUCCCUCCUGAGAACGGGGAGGAUAAGGAGAAUUUCCCCGAUCCCCCUAAAAUGAAUCGCGCCCGGACCUUGCCCGCCCCCACGGUCAACCCCCAGAAACCAGAUGGUUCGAUUCCUCGAGAAGAGGAUGCUUUACCUACCGAGAACGAAUGUAUUACUAGGACUAAGAAGGAGGAACUGAAAUCGAACUGGGCUUUUGGCUCCUCGCCCUCGUUCUUGGCCGAUUCCUCCGGGGAGUCUUCGCCUUCGCCGCCGCGGCAGAGGUGUUGUCUGUGUUUCUCACCAAAGAGGGCCCAGAGGAAGAGUAAGGGAGACGAGAUUCUAUCCGAGCUAGGCAUCCCGUCGCUGAAGGAGGAACACCGAAAGUUGAAGAAGGCUUUGAAGGAGCAGGAGAAGAUGACGCGGGAGACGGAAAAGAUAGUGAAGUGGGUGAAAAAGGCAUCAGCAAGGAUGAACUCGGCCUCGGUUGAUGAUUUGCUGAGCGAUGCUGAGGACGAAGAGCUCAAGUGACCCGACUCGUAUAACAGAUCGGUUAGUAUUUCUUUUGCCUUUUCAGUUGAAGAGAAUCGUGUCCGAUCUUAGUGUUUUUUCUACUUCUUUCAAGUGCAGAAAAAUGUAAUAGAAGAAACAUAUAUCUGAUCUUUUACGAUAGCAAAUAGAAGAAUAAAUUCGUGCAAAUCA